UCGAAAUGAAAAACAUAAAAAAAGAAAAGGGCGCACAAAUUGAAGAAAAUUCCCUCGCUUGGUGACCCAACGUUUUUCUCGAUCAUGCAAACCAGCGGUGUCCACACGAUGUUGCUAUCUCUCCACGUGGCAGGAUCUGAAGGCCUAAACAUGGCAUGGGUUUGGGCCCCCAAAGGAACCGGUCUUUAGGUGGUUCGUGAGAACAAAACUGGAUAUAGGCGGUGGACAUUAUGGCCGUGUACCGAUAGAACCGGUAACAGGGGUCAAUUCUGUAUAAGAGCUGGGGUUUAAGCAAUUGGUUUUGAGUGGUUUUCAGAGGGUUUUUGGCCUGAAAAAAGGAUAUCAAAAGAGAGGAAGAGAAAAAAACAAGCAGAUUUGACAAUAAUUUUUGAAGGGGAAAAAAAUAAUUCAAGAAAACAAAGCCAAGGGGGUUGCGUCUAUUAGGCAGAAUGCUUGUGUUUUGAACAAACUCUGUUUGUGCAGACAAGAAGAUGGGUUUGGAGAUAAUUUGGUUGGUUGAUCAAAUGGGGUGGUUAUAGUUUUUGUUUUUUCGGUUCUUUGGGUUUGGAAAUUUCGGAUCUUGGAGGUUUUUUGGGGCUUAAAUUUUUGUUGUGAAGGACUUUUAAUGGUUUGCAGCAUGUGGGUGUUGGAGGGGGAAAUGGUGGUAAAUUUGGCGGUAUAAUUCGGCCCUUUCUUCCUUUUUCAAUCUUUAAGGUGAGAUACGGCGGAAUCCAUGGAAAUGCUCUGCUUCUUUACGGUGUGCCCUUUUGAUAAAGUUUGAAUUUUUUUUGGGUUCUGGACCACUUGGUUUGAUUGUCUCCCAUAAACAGUUUAAAGCUUGUUUUUUUGGCCUUGAAUUUCAUGUUUUUCUUGAAAUGAAGGGCCCGUCAUCUCGAUUUCAAAUAAAAGGAGAAAUGUUUCAUCUGUUUUGGAGAAAGAUUCUUGAUCCCCAGUUACCGAGUUCCCUCCGUCCUUUUUCAUUAUUUUUCUGAGUAAAAUUCCGUUUUUGUUUUGUUUUUUUUUUUCACUUCUUUUUUGUAUGCUCGUGGAUUUGAUCUGGUUUGUUACCGCUAUGUGUAAAUUUAAAGUUUUUCAUGGUCGGAAAAAGUUUUUCUCUUAUCUGCCAUGGAAGAUUCAAGGCGAUCCAUCCGAAAUUAGAUUUUUCUGAAAAAGCUACUGAAUUUUCUAAAGGGUAUAUCAUCUUGCUUGAUCUGGUCCCUUUUCCUUUAGAUCAUUUGAGUAAAGUAUGGUUUGCUUCAGAUUCGUUUCAGGGUUUUGGAAGGGUUUACUUUUUCAAAUCCCUUCUUUAUGAAUUUGAUGCAUUUCUUCGCGGUAAUUGUGUUUUUGAUUCUGAGAAUUGUAUAUGUUUUGAACGUUUGAAUUAACUAUCUUGGUCUCCUGGAAAAAAUGGUUACUGGAUUUGAUCCCAAAGAUCUGCUCGAGUUGUUGAUAUUAGGAACUCCUCUUUUUCUGUUUGGCCAAACAAUGUUAAAAAUGCUGGCUUUGAAGAAAGUCCUCUGUAUAUUAUGUUAUGUUUCCAUUUGAUUUAUGUCCUUCCCCCCCACCCAAAACAAUACUUUUACCCGACGUGUCGGUUUCUUCUGUAAGAACUUCAUUCAGCAAAUGUGGAUUCUCUCCAUUUUGGUUGUUUAGAGCUUACCUUUUUAGAAGCUAAGUGGUGGUUUCUAUGUCAUGAACUUGUGAUCUGAUUCCCAUCAUCAGGUUGGCUGGGAUGUUUAUUUGAUUGGUUAUUUCUUUUGAAAAGAGAAUUGGAAUUGUGAACCUAUUAUCUUUGACUGGUGUAUUGUUUGUAAUUGUUCAUUAGUACGAAUAAUUUCUCUUAUAAUUUGGUUGUGUGAAGCUAGUGCAAAUUAUUUCAUAAUAGUUUUUGGAGUACUUUUUAACCCCUGAAUUUGUUUUCUCUGUAGGGCAUAUUAGAUUUCGAAUUUUGGAAGUAUAAUCUAUAGGUUCACUGCUAUUAUGUCAUGUUCUGGACUGCCACAGCAUUUCUGAAAGUGCAUUAGCCUUAUUAUGUUUGCUGUGUUCCCCUUGAUAUGGUUUCUAAAAUAUGGAAUUGCAUAAAAGGAUAGAGUAUGGAUUUCAUGGUUAUCAGGUGCCUCCCACGCCUCGAGCAGCAAGAUCUGCCAGGAGAAGGGGCAUUAACACGAGAAAAGACAACAACGGCCAAUUUUGUGCAUUUGAUUUGUUGGCUACGCUAGCUGGCAAGAUUUUGCUCGAGGGGGAAAAGUUGCCUAGUUUGCCUGAUAUGGGUGGUUGUCACAGGGAGGAGGAACCUGAAAUUGUCAAAGAUUCAUUUGGGGAGGAAGAAAAAGAAAAGCAAGGUCAAGAUGAUCAGAACCUGACAGAAGUUUGCAAUACUAGUCAGAAUAAUUGUGAUAGGAGUUUCAUUGUUUCUGAGCUAGUCCUACAAGCGCCAAAGUUGAAUGGUGAGGGUAAAAAGGACUUUCCUCAGACUCAAAAUGAUAUUACUUCUUCAGGACCGUUGUCUGCUAUAACAACUUCAACUUCUGACUGCUCAGAAAAGGUUGGAUGUGCUGAACGCGAACACGCAGUAAAUACUGAAUGCAAGUUUGAAAGUGGGACCUUUUCUGGAAGUGCAGACAUCGAACUGUUUGGGUGCAGGGUCUCUCCUGCUUGUAAAUUUGAGGGUGAAAGCAAGAGAGAAAUAAAAGUCGAGCCAAAUGAUUUGAAGUUGGCAAUUUCUGCUAUGGAUGAUGUCAAAAGCGACAACAGUGAACACCGGACAGGUUGGGAGAGAAAACCCUCUUAUCUCAUAAGUUCGGAUAACAGUGUAGAAGCCCUGCCCCGUGACCAAAUCCUUCCCAGCAAUUCUCUCCCUUGUAAUGGCGAGAAUGUAAAUUUAGUUAAUAGAGAUGAUGACGAAAAAUUUUCUUCUGGGUGCACAAAGCCUAGUAGCACCAUUAACAAGUCCUUGAGGCCAUCUUCCCGAAUUAGUGAUCGCAGAAUUCGCAAGUUAUUGGCAUCUAAAUAUUGGAAAUUAACUCCAAAUUCAAGGGAAGAAGAACACUUCAAAGCUGAUGCUGGAAGAAAGAAUGUAUAUUAUAAUGGGAGUAAUGCUUUUAAGCGUCAAAGAUCUCAGAGGGAUUUCCCCUUCAAGAAGAGGAAACUGUAUCAUCAUUGCAGCUCAUUAUCCAAUUCUGAUGGAGACUUCCGGACUGAUGGAAUCUAUAAUUCACGAGGGAAAGUUUCCAAUAGAGAUACUCCUGCUUCAAUGUUGCCAAGAGUAUCUGGGGCAUCAAAUUUAGAAGCCAGUGAGCCCGAAUUCCUCCAGUCUAAGGAUUCCCAAGUUAAGCUAAAGAUCAAGUCCUUCAGAGUUCCAGAAUUUUUCAUAGAGAUUCCAGAAACAGCAACGGUUGGUUCGUUGAAGAAAACAGUUAUGGAGGCAGUUACAGCAAUACUUGGUGGUGGAUUACAUGUUGGUGUGCUUCUUCAGGGUAAGAAGAUUAGGGAUGAUAGCAAAACUUUAUUCCAGACUGGAAUAUGUCAUGAAAACAAGCUAGAUGCUCUGGGCUUUUCCCUGGAGCCAAACCUUUCUCAAGCUUCCUCAUCUUUACCUUCUGAAGAUCAUCAUCCAUUUCUGAUUCCCUGUGAUGGUUCAAAACUGCUUUCAAGGUAUCCUGCUGUUCCUAGCCUGACUGACACUAUGGAGGUUCAGGGGAUUUCUGAUGCCUUCCCAGAUCCCCGCCCUGGAGAUUUCAACAACCUAAUUGAAAGUGACCAUGAUUCAGCACCCUCCCCUCCUGAGAUGUCAACAGAGAAAAAUGCUGUUGAUACCAGAGCACUAGUUCCUAUUCCAGCAAUGAAUGUGGAAGCUUUGAGUGCUGUGCCGAUGCGGAAGUCUAAAAGAUCAGAUUCGGCUGCAGCACAGCGUCGUAUUCGUCGACCAUUCUCUGUUUCUGAAGUGGAAGCUUUAGUCCAAGCUGUUGAGAAGCUUGGGACAGGAAGAUGGCGUGAUGUUAAGCUGCGUGCUUUUGAUAACGCCAAGCAUAGAACCUAUGUUGAUUUGAAGGAUAAGUGGAAGACCUUGGUGCACACGGCUAGAAUCUCUCCUCAGCAAAGGAGAGGCGAACCAGUACCCCAGGAGCUGUUGGACAGAGUCCUCACUGCCCAUGCUUACUGGUCUCAGCAACAAGUGAAGCCACAGUUCAAACAACAGUCUGAGGUUUGCCGGCUUCUGUGAGUACGUAACAGCAAGAAGUAGCAGAGUAGAAGACAUGUGGCUUUAGAAAAGUGCGUCUCAUAACUGUUUUCUUUUUUUCCCUCAGCAUUAUGAACACAAAAAGUCAUGUAAAAAAGAAGGUAUGACCUAUGGGAGUAAAAAUUAGGAAUUAGUGUAAAAUUUAGGGGGAAGUCGAUAGGGUGGCAGUCAGUUGUUUCUGUAAAUGGGGUUGGGUUUGGUACAAAUAAGAUCUUAGUUACAAUAUACAUGUAGUUGUUGGUAUGGUAUUGGGGUAAUUUGUUGAUGGUGUUAAGUUUAGUCUGGGAGUAUGACAUGAUCCAUUGGUUGUAGUUUUGGUAGUGACAUUGGAUUGUAAAUUUUUGUAGUUUUUUAUCUUGGGGGUUUGAAUUCUUCCCCAUUUUUUGACCUUUGAAAGAAUCAUGGAAUCUCUUGUUUAUUAUGUAUGCGCAAGUGUUUCUGAUUUUGUAUAGCACUUAUUAUUGUUUUCU